ACGUGGAUGUGUUUGGGAAAGUUAUACUAGAAAGGAUGUCGUUCUUCAUCCGAAACACAAGAGGGAGAGGCCGAAGAAUCUCAAAGGCCACUGAUAGAAAGAAAAGUUUGACAAAGUCUGCAAAUCUCAUAAGGAAGUCAGGUGGUGAAGAUGAAGAUGAACAGCUACCAGCAAAGAAGUUGAAGAAAAUUGCAAAUUAUGACGAUGAAAUUGAAAGUGAUUCUGAUGUGGAUAUCAGUGGAGAAGACAGACUUCGACAAACGCACUACACGUCAUCUGAGGACGAAGCAGAAACAGCCCAGGAGAAGAAACUGAGAUUGGCUAAACAGUACUUGGCUGAUCUCGAGGCCGAUGAGUCUCAACGAAGAGAGGAAGAUGACAUCGGCCGAGAUAUUAUAUCUCACAGAUUAAAACAGGAUAUUCUGGAACAAUCAGGAAAACUACACAAAUCUGUAGCAACUGAUUACCUACCUCCAUCACCAGCUGAUAUUCGUGUGUUACGUGGCCACCAGCUCUCCAUCACUUGUCUUGUUAUCUCCCCUGAUAAUCAACAUAUAUUUAGUGGUUCCAAAGAUUGCUCUAUCAUAAAAUGGAAUGUAAUGACUGGUAAAAAAGUGCACAUUAUUCCGGGUGGACGGAAAGGAACCGAAAAAAAACAUAUAGGUCAUACUGCACAUGUGCUGGCAAUUGCCAUAUCUUCAGAUGGGAAAUAUUUGGCUUCUGGAGAUAGAAACAAGUUGAUUCACAUCUGGAAUCCUGAGACCUUUGAUCUAAUUCACUCAUUUAGGGGCCACAGGGAUGCAGUCUCCGGCUUGGUUUUCAGGAAAGGUUCCCACCAGCUCUUCAGUGCGUCACACGAUAGAUCUGUGAAAAUAUGGAACCUGGAUGAAAUGGCCUAUGUUGAAACUUUAUUUGGUCACCAGUACUGCAUCACAGCUAUAGACAGUUUGAGUCGGGAGCGUGCCGUGACUUGUGGUGGUCGAGAUAACAGUAUCAGAAUCUGGAAGGUGAUCGAGGAGUCCCAGCUUGUGUUUAUUGGUCAUGGGGGAAGUGUAGACUGUGUGUCCCUUAUCAAUGAGAAUAAUUUCAUAUCUGGAGCAGAUGAUAAUUCCCUGAGUGUAUGGAGUGUGAUGAAGAAGAAGCCUCUAAUAUGUGUCCAGAACGCUCACUCAGGGGAGCCGUCUAAGCCUGGUGGGGCCUCCCAGGAGAACUGGAUCACAGCUGUGUGUUCACUCCAGUUCACAGAUCUUGUGGCUUCAGCAGGGUCGAAGGAUGGCUACAUCAAGUUUUGGAAGUGCCACAAUGAUUUUAGAUCCCUGGAUCCAGUGUUUUCAUUGCCAGUGGCUGGCUUUGUGAACAGUCUUCAGUUCUCUUCAGAUGGAUCAUUCCUUGUGGCUGGUGUUGGCCAGGAACACAAGCUGGGCCGGUGGUGGAGGAUGAAAGAAGCCAAGAACAGCAUCUGCAUUGUACCUCUUAAAAAGAAGGGUCAAACAUAGCAUAAGUAAUCAUUGCUAACCACAAAGAUCAUGAAGCAACAUAAAGUCCUGAAAAACCAUUAAACAGGUACAGUUUGAAAAUCUGAGAAAAUGCCUUUCCUAACAGGUUAUUUACUCGUAUGUCACAUGGUUAGAAUA